AAAGCUGAUGUACUGCGGUCUCUUACUGCCGAGGCAAUGAGCGCUCAGCCGUCGGACAUAACAUUGGCUUCGCCUACUGUACCACCACCGGUACCUUUUCUACUCACGGGUACCCUUCGUGAAUAUCAGCUUGUUGGAUUAGGCUGGCUCUCUGCCAUUUACACAAAACGAUUAAAUGGCAUCUUGGCUGACGAAAUGGGUCUCGGUAAAACCAUCCAGACAAUCGCGUUACUUGCUCAUCUAGCUUGCGAUCAGGCUGUUUGGGGCCCACAUCUGAUUGUGGUACCCACGAGUGUAAUGCUCAAUUGGGAGAUGGAAUUUAAGCGAUGGUGUCCAGGCUUCAAGAUCAUCACCUAUUUUGGAUCAUUGAGAGAGCGGAAAGAAAAACGCAAGAGUCACAUACUCAUCCUAGGUAAUCUUACUUAA